AUGUCCACGACCACUGGCGACGUCGAAAAGGGCACCCGCCUCCACCACGACUACCCAACAAACGGGUCCACCGUGGGCGCUGGCACGAACGUCGCUCCUGCACCCCAGUUCCGUCCACUUGGCAAUCCUGGUCCUCUGGGCUUGUCCGCUUUUGCGCUGACGACAUUUGUCCUUUCACUCAUCAACGUCCAAGCGCGCGAUGUCACUGUACCAAAUGUCGUCGUUGGUUUAGCUCUUUUCUAUGGAGGCAUGGUCCAAUUCGCAGCCGGAAUGUGGGAAUUCGCAGUCGGUAAUACAUUUGGUGGAACAGCACUUUCCUCGUACGGCGGUUUCUGGCUCGCCUACGCCGUCAUCCUCAUUCCCGGCUUCAACAUUGUCAAUGCUUAUGGCGGAAAUGCAGAAGAACUCCACACCGCACUGGCCUUUUUCCUCUUUGGCUGGUUCAUCUUCACUUUCCUCAUGCUCGUCGCCGUCCUCCGUCACUCUGUCGCCUUUAUCUUCCUCUUCUUGACCCUUGACCUCGCUUUCCUCACACUUGCCAUUGGCGAAUACGUCAGCAGCACCGCGUCCAUCAAGGCUGGUGGAAUCUUUGGAUUGUUGGCAGCGUUUACCGCGUGGUAUUGCGCGAUCGCCCAACUCUUGACAAAGGACAACUCGUAUUUCACCCUCCCCCUCGUUUCGUUGCAGAAGAAGGCAAUUUAA